GAGAGCAGCACCUCUCCAACAGAACAGAACUGGAUGAUUUAGCCCUUUUACAGAGGAAAACACGAAAAAAUAUAUUUGCAUAUUUAUUACGCGCUUUGCUUAGAAACAAAUAUCUGAGUUUAAAUGUCUGGUUAAAUAUAGAUGUUUUAAAAACAUAGAAAUACCAAGUUUUUCUCCAUGGAAUAAUGUGCGCACCAAAGAUAACACCUCACUAGUGCACUCGUUUAAACUGGAAUCGGGGAUGAAAGUGAUGUGUUGGCUCUUGACGUUGGAUUUAAGACAAAGAUACAUCGAAUGUAAUCUAUAUUGAUUUAGUGCUGAAACUGAGGAGAGUUUGAUCAAUCAGUGGAAGCGCUCCUCUCCAAAAGACGAUGCAUUGCACUUGAGCCCCUUGGUUACUCAUAAAUCAGAAGUUACAGCCAAAACCUAGAUGAUGGCAACCCAGGUGUCCACGUUGAACAUGUCAACCUCAGACUACUUCAACCAAUCCAAUGAAACAACCAAUAUGUCACUUAGCUUUAAAGAAAACUUGUCUGAUGGAGACAGCACAAAAGUUAUGGCUGUCAUAUACCUUGUCGUAUUUGUCCUCGGUUUGACGGGGAACUCUCUGGCCAUUUUUGUGGUUCUGCGCUAUACCAAAAUGAAGACCGUCACAAAUAUGUACAUCUUAAACUUGGCCAUAGCCGAUGAGUUGUACAUUCUGGGACUCCCAUUUCUCACCACCCACAAUGUGCUCUCCUACUGGCCUUUCGGCAACUUCCUGUGUCGUAUUGUGAUGUGGGCAGACUCCAUCAGUCAAUUUACAAGCACAUUCUGUCUGACAGUAAUGAGCAUUGAUCGCUACAUGGCUGUGGUACAUCCUAUCCGCAGUGCAAGGUGGCGGCGACCCAGAGUUGCCACGGUAAUAAAUAGCAUGGAAUGGGCACUAUCCUUUGUGCUGACACUGCCAGUCAUCAUUUACUCUGAUGUUCAGCCUGAUCUGAACACCUGCAACAUGAGCUGGCCCGAACCACGUGAUGUGUGGUCCACUGCCUUCAUCCUCUACACCGCUAUACUAGGGUUCUUCUGUCCCUUGCUGGUCAUCUGCCUUUGUUACCUGCUCAUUGUAAUCAAGGUGAAGUCCGCCGGUGCACGGGCGGGACUCACCAAACGGCGCAAGUCUGAGAAGAAGGUGACAAGAAUGGUGGUGAUUAUCGUAGUGGUGUUUGUCCUGUGCUGGCUGCCAUUCUUCAUCCUCAACAUCUUCAACCUAAUAGACACCCUCCCAGAGAACAGCAUUGUUACCGGCGUGUACUUUUUUGCUGUCAUCCUGACCUACGUCAACAGCUGCGCCAAUCCACUCCUCUAUGGAUUCCUGUCGGAUAACUUCAAGCAGAGCUUCCAGAAAGUGCUCUGCAUCCACAGGGUCAACGGGAUCAGCAACGGUCACCCUAUUCGUCCACGCCUCUGCAGAACCCAACAUAAUGACCCCUUCUUAUCUCCAAGGAGGUUUGAUUUCAACGACCCUGUCCAGAGAUAUCAGUCCAUUGGUUUGCAAGGGGGGCACUGUGCUAAAAUGGAAAUCCACCAACCUGGACCACAAGUGAGCAGCCAGUCCAUAUAAGAGCUGCCUCUGUCUACGGUACAAUCUGCGGCAUGACAUUUGUGGGAUGUAUGUUUUUAUUGUUGUUGUUUUGUUUGUGCCUACAUCAUUGCUGAGGUAAGCUGUCCAAUCAAAGACAUUCCUCCAUGCAAACAACACUGCUUAUAUGGCAUUUAACAAAUGUGUUGCUGCCUUUACAUAGAUCAAACUCUCUCUGUACUCAAAGAUGGUGCAAAUACGACUGUAUAUGCUGUAUGUUUUAUUAUGGGACACGGCCCAUCAUUUUCUUCGGCAUGACUGAAUGAAUCCAGGAAACGUUGAAGUUCAUUCACAACUUUUGGACCCAUUGGGACUGUAAAGAGAGGAAGCAUCUUUUGCUGUUACAUACUGUAAAACAUUUUGAUGGAUUAUUGACAAUUGGUGGUUUAAAAAAAAAAAUGUGGUCGCUCAAAAAACACUUUUGAGUAUCUUGAUGGAUUUCUGAAAUCUUCUCCCCAAAUCAGAGGGAUAUUCUUUGAGACAAUACUCAGACUUACAAGUCAUAUUGGACCUAGGGUUGCCGCCCUUCCCGUAAAAUAUGGGAUUGUCCCAUAUUUAAAGAUGAAAUGAUACGUCGAAUCAAUAUGGAACGCGAUUUGUCCCGCAUUUAAGCUGGUCAGAUGACGUCACUGCGAAACUGGGGAGAGGGACCACCCCAGCAAGGUAAAGUUAAGGAAAUUUUGACUACGUUGGGUAGGGGACCAUCUGAAAAGUCCACACAUUGUGCUGGGGGUGUGGUAAGUGUUAGUCUGAAAAUGGCCCCCUACGUCAACAACUCUACAGAGAGUGUCCCAUAUUUUACAACUUCAAAAAUGGCAACGCUAAUUGGACCUGAUUUGGUAGAAAUGCCAAAUGUAUUUAUUAAAGGCACAAUGUCUUUACACAUAAAUCUAUUUAUGAUGGUUAUGUGGAAGAAAUGAUCCAGACUUAACUGACUUCACACUCAGAACAUCCUCAGAGCUGACAAGAACUUAGUGGAACUGCACAGUUAGUACAUGUUUUUAUUGAGUUAGAGUGGAUAGUUUGUGUAUACCUGUAUUAUGCCAGCUUGCUUUUGAUAUUGCUAGUAUCAUUCCCAGUAAACCUGAACUAUAACAUUACAACUGGUUCCAAAUCCAAACAUGUGUAUCUCUUGUCAUAUUUUUAAUAAUAACAAUACUGAUAAUAGACCUACGGUGUUAUUUCAUUAUUAUGUGCUGUAUUUUGUUACUCUGCGAAUUUGUAUAUUGUACACAAUGUUAUAAAGUGUUUAAAACAGAGGCACAAACAAAAAGGUUGGGUGGGGCCUAUUUUUGUAAUCCUGCCAAUCACAGUGCUCAUUUCUGCAUGUACAUAAACAGCUGCUUACCUUACAAUGAGUCCAAACAAUUGUUCCUCCAUUCCAGUGCUUUAUUGACUGAAGGUCAUUUCUAUGUUUUCCAUGUCCUUUGACGCAUUGUGCAAUUCACUUGUAAAUUUGUGAGAUUUGGACAGAUGCUAUGGCAUCCAACUGUUUUAUUGAUAAAGCCAACAUGCUGUUAUUCUACAAACUGAUUUAAAAAAAAAAAAAUGUAACUGAUUUUUUCAAAAUCCCUAAACCAAGACAAAAAGUUCUGACUGUAACUCCUCCUACAGCUUUCAAGUUACUUCCAGUAAA